GUGUUCCAAGUAUUUAUAUGCCAUCGAAAAACGGUCACACUGAUUAAACCCCACACGACAAUAAAACCCCUCAAAUUGUUUAAUUUUAUUUGUAAAUAGGCCCAGGAGCUUUGCAGGAGACCCCAACAUGAAUCAGUUCCACACGCCUUCCUUCGGCGACGAGGUCUUCGAACUGAACGACUCCGUUCAGCCGGCGGAAAGCCCGCAACCGAGUUCGCGGAGAAUGCUUAGCCUGGAUCACUCCACGUUCAACGACGAUGACGAGGAGGUAUGCCACUCAUUCGGCUCUGGGCAGAACUUAGUAAAACUGGAGGAGCAGCCGCAGCAACUGUUGCAACAUCACCAAAUUCAGCAGCAACAGCCACAUAUUGUGGCGCAGCAACCGCCGGUUGCAACACAACAGCCACCGAAGCCACUGGCGCCAUUCGCCCUCUUUUUCCGGGACACAGUGACGGCCAUCAAGCAGCAGAAUCCUGCCUGCUCGCUGGAGCAGAUGCAGGUUAUAGUCCAGACCAUGUGGGAGUCCCUGGACGAGACGCAAAAGAACGUUUACAAUCAACGGCACGAGCAGGAGAAGCGCGACUAUGUGCGGCUGAUGCGCGACUACAGGCAGCACCUGGACACGACAGAAGAAGCGCCCAUUGCUCCAUCAUUGGCGUCAUUGCCAGCGCCCCAACUGACACCCGUAGCACCAGUUGUCCAGCCCCCCGUGGACGUUAAUCCCGAGCCAUUGGAAGAACAGGCACCUGCAGCGACAUCAGCAGCUCCUCCAGACCAAAUCCAACUGCUGAACGAGGCGGCAACGGUGCAGAAGUGCACACGGGAGCAGUGCAACAAGCCGGCGAUCAUCAAUCCCGACUGGGAGGACGAGUACUGCAGCAACGAGUGCGUGGUGAUCCACUGUCGCAACGUAUUCAACGAAUGGGCACUGACGCUGAAAAACUCACCCUCGUAGCCCCGUCCGACUGACUCCCCAUCCCGCCUAGGCUUAGUCUAGUUGUUUAGGUUUAGUUUGCCAAGCUGCACGGCUCCACGGAUUCGAAUAUAUACAUAUACAUAUAUAUUCCGGAGCACACACAAAAUACGAUAAUUAUGAUUAUUGUAGGCCCAGUUUCUCGAUUGUAAAAAAAGAGCAUCGGUGUGGAAUCUUAGUCUGUAUGAAGGACACGCUUUGUAGGAUAUUUUAAUACAUAAUAAAUCAAUUUUAAUGAAUAACAAAA